GCGGCCGCCGUCGGGCAUCGCGGCCACCGGCACCGCCGAGCGCGCCCCGCCGCUGCGUCCGCGGCCCAUGGGGAGAGGCGCCGGCAUUCAACUGACACCAUGUCCCUCUACGACGACCUGGGCGUGGAGACCAGCGACUCAAAGACCGAGGGCUGGUCUAAGAACUUCAAGCUGUUGCAGUCGCAGCUGCAGGUGAAGAAGGCGGCUCUCACCCAGGCCAAGAGCCAGAGGACAAAGCAGAGCACUGUCCUGGCCCCGGUCAUUGACCUGAAGCGGGGCGGUUCCUCAGAUGAGCGGCAAAUCGUGGACACCCCCCACACGUGGCUGCUGGCUCAAGGUGAGUGCCUUCCCUGGGUUUCUCUCGGCACUGAGGAUCCUGUUCCUAGCGGAUUUUCGGCAGGAGAAGUGCUGAUUCCUCUGGCCGAUGAGUAUGACCCCAUGUUCCCCAACGACUAUGAGAAAGUGGUGAAACGCCAGCGGGAGGAGAGGCAGCGGCAGCGGGAGCUGGAGCGCCAGAAGGAAAUCGAGGAGCGGGAGAAGCGGCGUAAAGACAGACACGAAGCCAGUGGCUUUUCCCGGAGGCCAGACCCUGAUUCUGACGAAGACGAGGACUACGAACGGGAGAGGAGGAAAAGGAGUUUGGGAGGAGCUGCCAUUGCCCCACCCACGUCUCUGGUGGAGAAGGACAAAGAAUUACCUCGAGAGUUCCCAUACGAGGAGGAGUCGAGGCCACGCUCACAGUCCUCCAAGGCCGCCAUCCCGCCGCCCGUGUAUGAGGAGCAGGACCGGCCACGCUCGCCGCCUGGGCCUGGGAACUCCUUCCUGGCCAACAUGGGUGGUACCGUGGCCCAUAAAAUCAUGCAGAAGUACGGCUUCCGGGAGGGCCAGGGGCUCGGCAAGCAUGAGCAAGGCCUAAGCACAGCACUGUCAGUGGAGAAGACCAGUAAGCGAGGAGGCAAGAUCAUUGUGGGCGACGCCAUGGAGAAGGGGGGAUCCCCGCCACGGCCAGGCUUCCCAGAUCCGUCCAAGAAGUCGGACUCGAACCCACUCACCGAAAUCCUCAAGUGUCCUACCAAAGUGGUCCUGCUGAGGAACAUGGUUGGUGCAGGAGAAGUAGAUGAAGACUUGGAAGUUGAGACCAAGGAAGAAUGUGAAAAAUAUGGCAAAGUUGGAAAAUGUGUGAUAUUUGAGAUCCCCGGGGCCCCUGACGACGAAGCCGUGCGGAUAUUUUUAGAGUUCGAGAGGGUCGAGUCAGCCAUCAAAGCUGUGGUGGACCUGAACGGGAGGUAUUUCGGAGGACGGGUGGUCAAAGCAUGCUUCUACAACUUGGAUAAAUUCAGAGUGUUGGAUUUGGCCGAACAAGUUUGAUGGAGGAAGCUGGUGUGUGUUAUCUGCAACCAUCGUUCACUGAAGAGAAAGGCACGAAGCAUUGGCCUGGCCCUGGACACAGAGACUCGAAAGACUUCGGAGAUAUAUGUUGAUUGAUCUUUUUUUAUUUUAUGGUUUUUUAAUAUAGUAUAAAAAUCCUUUUAAAAAAAA